AUGCCGCUCUCGCGCCGCUUCUGGGACGUGGUGCUAGGCUUUCUCUCUUCGCUCGUGGUGCAGGGCUCGGCGCUACGGCUGGCCGCUGUGGAUCAAUUUCUCUGGCAGCCUCCCACCGCCAUGGCGUCAGGGACCGUUCAGGCCUGGGCUUGGAUCCUGCACCACGGGAAUCGAGGCUGGCAGCACCAGCGAGUCUGGGACCACUUGCGGCCGCAGGAGGUGACUCCAGUCAAUGAGCUGCUGAAGAGGUUCAUGACGCCCGACGCUGAUGUAUACCUCGAGCAACGUGGUGAGUCGAGCCCCUACUACCAGGCGGUGCUUCUCGCUUCAGAUCGACGGACCAUCCCCCCCGGGAUUGCGCGGGCCGAGGCACGCAGGUUCCGACGCCCGCCCGUUGCAGCCGAGCUCGCGGAGACCAUCAGCCAGGCUCGUCAGGCAGCAGAUGACUUGUACACCCAGCAGGCAGCGGCGGCGGGCUUGCCGGCGGGGGCUCCGCCCGGAGGCGCAGUCAUAUUUCGAGCGCAGCCGCCCGCGGUGAUGCCUGAGGGCGGCCUGGAGCCAGCAGCUGGUGACCGGACCCCCGCUGCUCCUCUUGCGGGCGGCGUGUCCGCGGGCGCCGCUGGGAGUCAACGGGAGACGGUGGAGUCGACCAUCCACGGCCCUCGCGGGACUCCCGUUGCCUUGGCGGAGACCGACCACGUGCAGAGCGAGGUCGGCAUCUUCACCGCGCCCUCGGGCACGGCCGUGGUGUUCCGCGACUUGCAGGCUCACCCCGUGGAAGAGUACCCCACCAUGGAGAGCCAUCACGAUUUGAGGGUCACCAUGCCCACGAUCUUGGCGUCACGGGAUCGUCUCAGGGGUCGCUUCAUCGUAUCAGAUGUUCAGCUGCGGGAGUCACUCUUUCGAGACUGGCCCAUGUUCGGGCCCAGGACCAUCACGUGGUGCUGCAGCUGGCUCUCUCACCGACAUGGAGGGCCUCUCAGGCAUCACCGAUCGCUCCUCAUGACCGACGGCGUGCGGACCGAUGACUGGGGCGGGGAAGUCCACGACACUGCCAUGCGCUGCUGGGAUGAGGGCCUCCACUACAACAUGAUUGACGUCAGCAACAGUGCCGCGAUCGAGCUCGUUCUCGGUAGGGCGCUGCGGGUUGAGUACGUGUACCACAUGGACUUCUUGGCCUCGCCCUGCUCGGGGCCGAAGGGCAAGAACAAGAGGAGCUCAUCCUCCAUGGACCCCGCCCACCUGGUCGACCUACCGGCGGCUGGAUCUGUUUCGCGGUCUCUCGAGCAUCUGGCUUGUGAUCGGGGCAAAGGGAUUGCUGAGCGGUUAAUUCAAUUGCGCUUGCCAGAAUCUACUGGCAGGGAGAUAGCUAAGCUCGAGGGACCUGCCCGGCCUUACUCGGACCCCGCUCUCAGACGGUCGCCCGCCCUUUACGCGGAGUUGCUGCGUGGGGUGGCCGACUGCGACCUGAUCGAGGGGCAUUUGUCGGGCGAGGUCUCAUGCGGGCUGUUCUUUGUUUAUAAGAAGUCAGGGAAGUAUCGCUUGAUAGUUGAUGGUAGGCAACCAUCUUGCCAUUUUCGAGAUAGCGACCCCGUGGCGCUGGCGUCUGGGGCUGCCUUUUCGGCCAUAGAGGUUGACAGUGCGGCUCCCGUCCAGGUCGGCUCGGUCGAUAUCGUAAACGCUUUUUACAACGUGCAAUUACCCGAAGCUCUUCGUGACGUGUUCGUCCUCCCGAGGGUUCGGGCCGACCUGGUGAAUGUCUCGACGGCCCAAGGCCGCGCUGUCAGACGGGGCCAGUACUUCUUUCCAGUCCUGAAGGUGAUCCCGAUGGGAUGGAAGCUUUCUCUCUGGGCCUGCCAGCAAGUGCUGGAGUAUCGAUAUGUUGAUAGCUUUUUCGCUUUCGGGAAGGAUCGGGAGGUUGUCAGGGGCGUGGCGGAGGAGGUGCAGCAGGAGUUGAGUGGGGUGGAUCUUCCUACGCAUCCAGUUCCAGAGGAUAAGCUCGACAUCGACUCGAGUAUAUGGGACGGCGAAUGGCGGCGUGUCUCGGUGAUCCUCGAGGGCCGCAACGCGGUUCUAGCUCACCUCCACAAGACGAGUGCCAUGGCGAAUUUCGGGAAGCGCCACUUGUACUUGGGUGACGCCAUGGCCAGCAUCCUUGCCGUGUCCAAGGGCCGUUCAUCCUCGCGAUUGAUGCGUGUCUGUCGUCAGAUCGGUGGUCUCAACCUUGCCUUCAAUAUGACUUCUCGCUGGCGGUGGCUUCCUUCAGAGCACAAUCCUGCAGAUCGAGGCUCAAGGCGCAAGCAGGGUGACUGGGCCGAGGCGUCAGCCAAGCCCCGUGCGCCCGACCCCCCAGCUGCUGUCCUGCCCAGACCGAGACAUGCUCCGCUGAACGGAGACGCCCGCGGCCAGCGGGACAGCCGCGUCCGCGCCUUUGCAGCCAGGCUCGGUCGGGCCUUCGGCGUCGACUUCUGCCCCGCUGAUGCCCCAGUCGCGGCUGCCAGCAGCGAGGACUUCGACCGCUCGGAGCCAGGCCUUCGAGCCGAUCUCGCUGCUCGCCGCCGCCGGGGCAACGUGGCGGAGUCGACGGUCGACGAGCUCGGCCCGUCCUUGCUCGGGAGGCGCACCGAGAAGAAGUAUCAGGAAGCUCGGUGCGAGCGAAUUGUGGGUCAGCUCUGUCUGUGGUGUGCGGCAGCCAGCCGGGUGAUCGACAGCGCCACCCAGCUCGUCUCGGCGGUGACGGCCUACCUUCAUGCGCUGUUCUUCCAGGGCUACCUGAGGUCGGUGGUCACCUUCCUCCUAGUGGCCCUCGCGUACUGUCAGCAGGACCUGUCGCCGAAGGGACCCAGAGCUCUGGCGAUGUGGACCCUGCGGCCGUUCGAGUCGGAGUGCAGCACGCCACCAAGGACGGGCGGGCCCGACAAGCCGCUGAGCCACGACAACACGGUGUUCUGUUGGGUGGGAGGCCUGCUGUCGCGGCUCAGGGCCGGCCGCGGCGCAACGCCGCCUCUGCUCGACCUGAAGUGCUCGAGCUGGGCCGCCCUGUUCUCCCAGGCCGCGGUGGACGUGGGCCUCGGCAGCCUGGGGCCUCCCACGCUGUGCCAGCUCCGACACAGUGGGGCGAUCCACGGGCUGGCCACCCGCGCCCGCCCUCUCGCCGAGAUCAAGAAGCGUGGGCGGCGGGCUUCCGACAGUAGCGUGGGCUCGCACGCCGCGCAGCGCCAGGCCCACACUGCCGCCGCCCGCACCAGGUCGCAGAUCUUGAGGACGCCGCUCGCCAGGCAGCUGUGA